GUAGGCACCUUUAAUGACGUCUGUGACAAGGCAGCUAAUAACCUGCGUCUCCAACGAUAGCGAUCGAUCUUUUGCACAAUUCUAAUAAGCCGUCGUCGUUUAAAAGAAAACAGAUCUUAGAACUAAGCUCAGACAAGACACAGAAGACAUGGAGAGCGAAGUCGCAGAUGAAUCGCCCAAAACACCACCGUCGAAAAAGAAAACCAAGCGCCGCGGAAGACGUUUGACAGGCUUAAGUAAGCAGCGGAGAAUCGCUAAUACGCGAGAAAGAAAUCGUGUUCAUACGAUCAACGAUUGCAUUGAUCGGUUGCGCGACCUCAUACCACUGUUUCCACAUGAACGAAAACCUUCGAAGACCGACACCAUACGCCUGGCAGCACUUUAUAUUUCACACAUGACAGAUAUCCUUGCCGUGGAGAAUACUGACCACCCGGAAAUUAAGCCGGACCCAGAAAGUUUGGACGAAGAAUUGUCCGUAUCUUCUCUGGAGUUUGACCCAUUCGACGUAGAAACGGAAGGUAAGAUAUUUGCCGUGCAGUAAGGUUCGUGUUACGUCAGAAAUUGCCACCAAUAUAUCAAAAGUUUUAUCUUAUUAGAAGAAAACUAAGGGCAAUGACUUAGUCUUGAAGGACAAAAUUGUUUAAAUUAACUGAAAAGCUGCAACUCUACACCACUGAUGAACACUAGGAAUCUCCUCAUCCUCAAAGCCUAGAGCAAUUUAACCAGUUUAGAUUAACUUCUUUGAUAAAAAAGAUAGCAACAACUUUGUCAUAUUUGCUUUCUUAAUUACAGACCUGGCAGUUUUCUUUUGGAAAGAAGGCGACGACUUAACUGCAGUCACUACAGACACCAAUUGUAGCUUUCCUUCCAUUUUUUAAAACCCUAUUAUAUGGCAAGAAGCUGUAUGGAGUACGUGAGAGCCCUGGUAUUGCUGAAUCCGGGUACCGGGUUGGGGUUCUUGGUAUGAAUCACGAAACCUAGAUUUAAUAUCAGCGAAUCAAACACUCAAGACAUUUUCAAGUCGUCACUUUUUGAACUGGUUCAGCUAAUGUACACUUUUCUCUCCCACUUUAACUCCACAAGCAUUAUCGAUCUUGGUUCAGUUAGACAUUUCCAUCUUUCACGUUUAUGGUAACGAAUUUUAGAUUAUAGCGUGCGUGUUUGUUUUAUUAUCAAACCUUACGUACGGAUAAUAACCGCAAUUUUUAUGAUAAAUUGUUUUAAUAAACGAUAUCCAUCUAAGUCAAACAACUUAUCGAUAUGAAACAUCCUUUCGCGUGGGACCAAAAGAGUAAACAUUCUUUAAGUAAACUUCACUAGACUGUCGGGAAGUUGAGCAUUUAAUGACGAAAUAGGGAAAGUUAACUUUCUGGAAAAUUGCCUGAAGCGCCGGCAUUUUAAAGACAAUUUUUAUCUCAAAACAUCAAAGUUUAGUCUCGACAAAGAGUUCAAAUAUCAUGUCACACGACGCAAUUUUUUUUAAACAGUUAAUAGAUCCAAAUAGUUUUGAUAAGCGCCAUCUGCAGUAUCGACUGCCAUAGUAGAAUUCACCCUCUUACUUCCAUAAAUGGUACUAG